ACAAGAUAGAGUCUACCAAAACUUUCACCGCCAGAAACAGGCUGUCAACACUAGAAUCAACACUGAAUACCGAGGACAAUUGAAAUAUUUAUUUAAACGCGAGUUACAACAAUCACUGAUCCAGUGGGAUUUUGUGGCCCAUCCUGUAGUCCUAUAUAAGUGGAGCUUUGUGGACACAUUCAGCAUCAUUUCUUCAACAGCCGGCACCAGCCAGUCCAGUCGACCAUCGUCUACCAUACUUUGGCGAGAACAGACAGAAGGAAUGUUGGUGUUGCUGCCACUUGUGAUGUUGGUGUUGCCGUGUGCCGGACACCAGUGGCGUGUGGUGGACGGCAAACUGAUGCACGUGUCACUCGGACAGGCAGGUGUGUGGGGCGUCAACAGCGGUAAUACGAUUUUCUACCGACAGAACACCUACAGAAACGUGGGGUCAGAUGGCACUGGGUGGCUUCCGGUGGAAGGUAGUCUCAAGCAAAUCGCCGUCGGCACCACCAGUGUGUUUGGCGUCAACGGCUACGACCAGAUCUUCUACCGAGCAGGCAUCACCUCCAAGCAGCCAUCCGGAACCACGUGGGUCCUGUUGGAUGGAAAUCUCAAGCACAUCACCGUGUCGCCGGCAGGGGUGGUGUGGGGAGUCAACAGCGCUAACCAGAUCUUUUACAGAGAGGGCGCAGAACUAGACAAUCCUAUCGGAGCUUCUUGGCUGCAAGUCGAUGGCGAACUGAAGCAAAUUUCUGCAGGAGAAUCCGGUGUGUGGGGGUCAAUUCAAACGACGACAUCUUCUAUAGAGAAGGCACUUUUGGCGACAAUGGCGUUGUUGGAUGUUCGUGGACAAAUAUUCCCGGAAAACUAAAAUACGUCACUUCCGGCUUCGGGACAGUGUGGGGCGUGAACAGCCAAGAUCAGAUUUUUCGCAGAACUGGCAUCACCAGAACUACGCCUGCAGGCGAUGACUGGGUGCCUGUCAGCGGCCUGCUAACCAUGGUGGAGCAGUAUGGUGGCACCAUUUGGGGCGUCAACAGUCAGGAAGACAUCUUCCUGUCCUCAAGAGACAAAUGCUGAUGUUCGUGUCACUUCGUCGGCAAGAUGCACAUCUUCUCAGACUUGUCUUCAAGCAGCCAGCUGAACUGCUCAUCGUAACUUUUAUGAUUCAGCAGCCUCUGCUUGUUCCUCAAUAACAAUAAAAUAAUCCAAACUGA